AUGGAAACUUCCACUGCCCCAAAGGACUAUGACAUGACCACAGAAUACGACUAUGGAGACACAACCCCGUGCCAGAAGGUACAGGAGAGGGCCUUUGGGGCCCAGUUGCUGCCCCCCUUGUACUCAGUGGUAUUUGUCAUUGGCCUGAUAGGCAACAUCCUAGUGGUCCUGGUCCUCAUGCAAUACAAGAGGCUCAGAAGCAUGACCAGCAUCUACCUCCUCAACCUGGCCAUGUCUGACCUGAUCUUCCUCUUCACGCUGCCCUUCUGGAUUGACUACAAGCUGAAGGAUAACUGGGUGUUUGGUGAUCACAUGUGUAAGUUGCUCUCUGGGCUCUAUUUCAUGGGCUUGUACAGCGAGAUCUUCUUCAUCAUCCUGCUGACCAUCGACAGGUACCUGGCCAUUGUCCAUGCUGUGUUUGCCCUGCGGGCUCGGACUGUCACCUUUGGUAUCAUCACCAGCAUUGUCAUCUGGGUCCUGGCCAUCUUGGCUUCUGUCCCGGGCUUGUACUUUUCCAAGACCCAGUGGGAGUUCACUCACUACACCUGCAGUCUUCAUUUUCCUCCUGAAAGCCUAAGAAAAUGGAAGCAGUUCCAGGCUCUGAAACUGAACAUCGUGGGGCUGGUGUUACCUCUGUUGGUCAUGGUCGUCUGCUACACGGGGAUUAUAAAGAUUCUGCUCAGACGACCAAAUGAGAAGAAGUCCAAAGCUGUGCGUCUGAUUUUUGUCAUCAUGAUCAUCUUCUUUCUCUUUUGGACCCCGUACAAUCUGACUGUGUUUGUUUCUGCUUUCCAAGACUCCCUGUUCACCCAUGAGUGUGAGCAGAGCAGACAGCUGGACCUGGCCAUACAAGUGACGGAGGUGAUCGCCUACACACACUGUUGCAUCAACCCUGUGAUCUACGUUUUUGUAGGUGAAAGGUUCCGCAAGUAUCUACGGCAGUUGUUCCAUCAGCUGGUGGCCGUUCGCCUAGCUAAAUGGCUCCCCUUCCUCUCCACGGAGAGGCUGGAGAGGGUCAGCUCCAUGUCCCCCUCCACCGGGGAGCAUGAACUCUCUGCUGGGUUCUGA